AUGGCAACUGGAAUUAAUAGGCAGCCUGAUCAUGGAAUAUCUGCUUACAAUAUUCCUAAAUUCUACCACCAUUUUGCCUAUCAUCGUUGGACUUACCACGGUUUAGAAUUUACCGUCGUCCAUCGUCGUUUGUCGCUUCUUACUUGGAAUUCUCCAUCGUCAUUGCUAUUUCCUUUAAAUUUCACCAUGAUCUCGUCACUAGUCAGUAGUCACCACUUGUGCUCUGUGGAGAGAUCUUCGUCGUCACACCUCCCAGGAAGAUCUACUUACACCCGAUUGAGUUUGGUUAAUGAAGCUGGUAGUGGCAUUGGAAGACUAAAACAUUGUAGAAGAUGGACCUGCAACAAUCAGUAG